AUGAGCAGCGUCCACGCUGCCAGCUCCUCCACUCAGACCGUCUCUCCGCCCGCUUUGCCUGCAGAACAGCCACCUUCCCAACCAGGCCCAUCCGGGCCUCAAGAGCCGUCUCGCGAGCCCGAUGCGCCCUCCGAGCCUGCUGAGAAUGAGUCACGCGUCGAAUCUGUGCAGACGGCGCAGGAUGUGAGCGCGACGGGGCCCGCCGACGGCGCGGGACCGGGCUCGUCGGGCGAGCCCGUCGCGGGGCCCUCGGGCGCGGAGCACGUCGAGGUCGUGGACGCCGAGCAGUCCUCGGUCACCUCCGAUGACUCGCAGCAGUGGGCGGAGGACGAUAGCCACGAGCUGAAACGCGUCAAGGUGUACGAGCUCAUCGGCUCCCGCUGGGUCGACCAGGGGACCGCGUUUUGCUUCGGCGACUUCCAGGACAACGAAGCGCUGCUCAUCGCGCGCGCCGAGGAGGACUUCAACCGCAUCAUUCUGACCACCACCAUACGGGCGAACGAUGUGUACCAACGACAACAAGAGACCUUGAUUGUCUGGACAGAGCCUGACGGCGUCGACUACGCUCUUAGCUUUCAGGACCCGGAGGGUUGCGCGGAGGUGUGGCACUUCAUUGAAGAGGUUCAAAGGCAUAUGAACACGAGCGAAGACAUGGCCCUGACGUCCUCGCCAUUGAUCGGCCCUGAAGGACCCGAGACGUCUCUUACUACCGCCAACAUUAUCCGGUCAGGUCGCUUGCCGCAGCCGCAGAUGGGUAUCAUAGGGGAGAUCGACACUGUAAUCAAGACCCUGGCACGGACAGCGCUGGUAAAGGAGCGUGUAUGCGAGUACAUUCAGAACGAGGAUUACAUCAAGGGUUUGAUCGACGUCUUCAGCCAGUCCGAGGACUUGGAGAGUCUUUCAGAUCUGCACGCACUGUUCAGCUGUAUGCAGACCAUCCUCCUACUGAACGAACAUAGUCUGUAUGAGCAUAUACUGGACGACGAUAUCUUUAUGGGCGUCGUUGGUAUACUCGAAUACGACCCCGAAUUCCCCAACUACAAGGCCAACUACCGGGACUUCCUCCGCGAGACCUCGCGCUUCCACCAACCCAUCACCAUCCGGGACGAGACCAUCCAGCGCAAAAUCCACCACACAUACCGGUUGCAGUUCCUCAAAGACGUCGUGCUCGCGCGUGCCAUUGACGACUCGACAUUCAACGUGCUAAACUCGUCCAUCAUCUUCAACCAAAUCGACAUCAUCAACCACGUCCAGAACGACCAGUUGUUCCUCCGCGAGAUUGCCGGCAUGUUCAUGGACGACGACCUGCUUGUCCUUCUCGGUUUCCCGCCAAAGAACACGGAAGCGCGAAAGGAGCAGGAGGCCUCGGACAAGAUGGACAUCGACCCGUCGUCGGACGCGAAACCGAACGGCGUCGUUCAGCCCAACGGCCAUGCCGAGACGGUAGUGGCGGCCAACAAGGGCUUGUCCCCGGAGGAGCUCACACGACGACGAGAGGUCGUUUUCCUGAUCCAGCAGCUCUGCGCAAUGGGUAAGAACGUGCAACUCCCCGCACGAUUACAACUGUUCCGAGUGCUUGUCGACCGCGGGCUCGUCUUCGCUGUCCAAUGGGGUCUUUCGCAGUCAGAAACAGAGGAGCAGGGCCGGCAGAUGAUCGCUGCCUCCGGAGAGAUCCUCAUGGCGCUGCUCGAGUACGACUUGAAUGGCGUACGCGGGCAUGUGCUCAAGCAGUUGGGGACGAUGGAGCGUGAGAAGGCGAACGGGAAGAACGUGCGAGACAAGGAGACCGUCCUCAUGCUCAUGUGCAAGGUCCUUGUGCGGAGCCGCGACUUGGCAGUGCAGAGUUUGGUCGGAGAAGCGUUGAGGCAACUGCUGGAGAUGGCGACAAAUGACCCUGCAGAUACGCCGAAUCUCGGCAUCAAGCUGCUGCAACAGCGUGUCAAGGACGACCCGGGAAUUGAGAAGUUCUUGGACUACUUCUACAAGUUCUGCAUCGACGUGCUGUUUCGAACAGUCCACGACGUACCCGAGUACAAGGAUAUCCCAGAUCCCAGUUUGGUCCUUACCCGAGAAAAGACGAACCUCCUGCUAUACCUGUGCGACCUGCUCUCGAACUUCACAUUGCAACACUCCUUCCGCAGUCACUUCUUCAUCCUCUCCUCCAACGUUGCCCCCCGCGUUGCGAGCCUCCUCCGCUCCAAGGACAAGCAUCUACGUCUAGCUGCAUUCCGCUUCUUCCGCGUAUGCCUCCGCCUGAAAAAUGGCAAUAUCUUCAAGCACCUAAUCAAGCACGAUGUCUUUAAGCCCAUCCUGGAGCUGACCCUGCGCGAGUCGAAGCGCGAUAACCUCUUGAGCUCAUCAUGUCUUGAGUUCUUCGACUAUAUGCGACGAGAAAACAUGAAAGACCUCAUCCACCAUUGUAUGACGAAGCACGAGGACCUAGUGCGGACCCUCGCGGGGUCGCCGCUCGUAGCAGAGAGGUUCAAGGACUUCAUCGCGCGAUGGGAGAUGAACAACGAGCCUCCUCCGGUGGAGAAGGUCGAGAAACUGCCGACAGGUACUCCCCAACGCGGUUGGGGCCAAGGCAAGUUCCCGGACUCGGCCGAGGAGGACUACUUCAACGCGGACGACGACGAGGAAGAGUCAAUACCCAUCGUCAGCACCCCGCCACCACGCGGCCUCGGCAGGCGCAUCAGGCGUUCCUCCGGGCGGACGAACAUCCCCGUUCGCUCGUCGCCGAAGCAGUUCAACGGCGCCCCGCAGCGCAUGCCGCCGCUCGGGAGUCUCGUGGACUACGACGAGGGCGACGACGUGGCCGUCGAGAACGCCGCCCCCUUGAUGCCCACGCGCGGCUGCUUCGUCCCCGUCGCGCCCCCGGUACCAUCACCAUCAUCGUCAGACGCGCCCCCAGCAAGCCCGCGCAUGUCGUAUCGACAAGUGUCCGCGCUCAAGUCGCCACUCUCGCCUGAGGAGGACGGCGAUAUCAUGGAGGCGCUCUCGAAAGGCGCCCCAUCCUCGCUCCUUGCGUCGAGCCCGCCCGCUGGGAUGCCCGAGGGCGGCCUGCGCAGCAAGCGUCCGCGAGACGACGACGAUGACGAGCUGCUCGAGCGGCUGGCGAACAAGGCGAAACGCCCCACGCCCAGCCCAUCUUCGCCAAAUCCUGACAACGACCCUUCGACCGGAGCUGCGAAGCUCGUCCCGGUGAAGGGUGCGGAGGAGGGCCCGAAGAAGUUCAAGCUGAAGAUCGGGGUGGUGGGAGCAGCGGUGGCAAACUCCUCGCCGUCGUCGACGAGUCCUUCAAGUACGGGCACGAAGGACGGCGACAAUGGUUAG